UCCAAAAACAGGCAGCCCUUUCCUACAACCACUGUACACAUUGAAAUAAGCCUGCGAGAUGGGCUGAAGCAGGGAGAGAGCUGACGUUCCCAAGAUCCUGCCUCUAGGAAUUGCUGUGUAUUUAAGAGGGCUGCUCCUUGCCUUUGUGCUAAAUGUAGCCUUCAAGUCCAGGACCUGAAAAGAUUGGGCAAGAGUAGCUGUUAGUAAUAGUUCUGGUGGAAUGGAAUCUCUUGGUUUCGACAGUGAAAUCUCACUAGAGUAUCAACACUAGACUCUGGGAGGUAUUUUUCCACACAGACUUUGCCUGUUGGUCUUUUUCAAGUUCUCAUUCAAGAGAUUAGCAAAAAUGACAAAGAUAAAAGUUGGAAACUGAAAUGGCGUCAAUGUUUCCUUGUUUGAAUGGAUUGUAUUUAUUAUGUGUGUGUUUCCUGUUAUGCUAAAUUGCACGCUGCAUAUUCCACUUCUAUCGAGAACGACAGAGGAGGAACAAAAUCAGCUCCACAGAAUUUAUGUGAGCUGCUUGGCAUUGUUAUUACUAAACAAGCCUUUUCUAAGAAGUCGGCUCCUGACAAUGGCAUCUGAGGAGUGCAUUUUUCUCAAUGUGGAAAUGGAUGAUUUUCUUCUCUGCAACAUCUCAACUGCUCAAUAUGCUAAUCUCUCUCUGGUGGGUGAGGACUUCUUUUACUAUAAAUUCCUAUAUGCAAUUCCAACUAUUUAUGGGAUCAUCAUUUUGAUAGGGCUUGUUGGCAACAUCACACUGAUCAAAAUCUUCUGUAGUGUGAAGUCCAUGAGAAAUGUCCCUAAUUUGUUCAUCUCCAGCUUGGCUUUUGGAGACUUGCUUCUUUUGCUCACCUGCGUUCCGGUGGAUGCCAGCAGGUACCUGUCUCCUGAAUGGCUGUUUGGUCGGGUUGGAUGUAAACUUAUUCCUUUCAUACAACUCACUUCGGUGGGGGUCUCUGUCUUCACACUCACAGCUCUUUCUGCAGACAGGUACAAAGCCAUAGUGAGACCAAUGGACAUCCAAGCAUCCCAUGCACUGCUGAAGAUUUGUGUGAAAGCUGUUCUCAUUUGGAUUUUUUCCAUGCUGCUUGCUGUUCCUGAAGCCGUGUUUUCAGACUUGCGUCCUAUUUAUGACAAAGGCACUAAUAAAACAUUCAUCAGUUGCACACCUUAUCCUCUUACCAAUGAGCUGCACCCCAAAAUUCAAUCAAUGGCUUCCUUUCUUGUCUACUAUGUCAUUCCCCUAUCAGUGAUUUCGGUCUAUUAUUAUUUCAUUGCCAAAAAUCUGAUCCGGAGUGCCUACAACCUACCAGUGGAAGGGAAUGUGCAUGUUAGGAAACAGAUGGAAUCCCGGAAACGCCUAGCCAAGACUGUGCUGGUUUUUGUCUGUAUCUUUGCUAUCUGUUGGCUCCCUAACCACAUCAUCUACAUAUACCGGUCAUACCAUUACUCUGAAGUGGACACUUCUGUCCUGCACUUUAUCACCUCCCUCUGUGCUCGAAUCCUGGCAUUCGCUAACUCUUGCAUCAAUCCUUUUGCCCUCUACCUGCUCAGCAAGAGCUUUCGGAAACAGUUUAAUCACCAGCUCAUAUGUUGCAAAGGCCGGCCUCUCAUUCGGUCCCAGAGCACGGGCAGAAGCACCACACGGGUGGCCUCCCUCAAGAGCACCAACCAGUCAAUGGUCACAUUCAGUUUUAUCAAUGGUAACCAACUUUUGCCAUGAUGCACCACAUACUGAAAUCAGUCAUGCCCAUCCAUUGCUCUCUGCUUAGUGGUUGUGCUAGCAAGUAAUAAAGGUAAUGCAAAGAGAGAGAGAGAGAGAGAGAGAGAGAGAGAGAGAGAGAGAGAGAGAGAGAGGUGCCUGAGAGAGUGGCCACAAAAUGGAUGGAAUUCAUGUAGUCCUUGAGGUUUUAUUGGACUUCUACUUCUUUUAUUGGCUAUGCUGGCUGGGGCUGUUGGGAACCACAAUCACAAAACACCAAGAGGGUUGCAUGCUUCCCAUCUCUGAUAUAAAGCAUGUAAACAAGUGAUUGAGCAAGGUUUAAUGAAGACUUGAAGACACCUGCCCAUACCUGCACUUUCUUUUUAGGGACUUUCAUUGUAAUAUGUCAAACCCUUUUAAUUGUGUAUUGAUGGUAUUGCAGCCUUUAAUUAAGUGUGGUGAACCAGUCAGUGUAUAAGUAAACAGGUCCUGUUAGCAUGAGAAUAGCUGACAGCUAUAAUCCAAAAAUAUGUUUUCCCAAGAUCCACAACCCUGUGGUAGCUCAGUCAGAAGAAUGUAAAGGAAUUACAGAUUUUCUUGAUAGGUGGAGCUUCCGCAGAUGAGCUGACCUCAUUUUAUUCAGUCCUGGAUUAAAUUUGCCUCUCAUUGUGAGGCAGCACUAAAAAGAAGAGAGUGCUAUUGUCCCAGUAAAGGUUGGGAUGAAGUUUGUAUAAUUUGUUCUUUAAGGUACAUGAGUUUUGUCUCUUUUAAAUGUGGCCAUCCUGCUCCCCUUGGAUCCAAUGUAGGUCCAGCUGUCCUGCUUUGCUGUCCACUGCCAUUUCCUAAACACUCCUGCCAUGGAAGGAUGUCCAUAUCAUCUUCCUAAAGUGGGAAAUGCCUAUACAAAUUGGAAAAGUCUAGUGGCCAAGGCAGAACUGCAGUACACUUGGGGCAGUCAUAGAAUCAUAGGAGUUUAGGGAUGGAAGGGACCACAAGGGCCAAGUAGUCCGAUCCCCUGCUAGGAAAGUAUAUACAGCUAAAGCAUUCUUGAAAGGUGCCGAUAUAACCUCUCUUUGAAGGAGCUUAGGGACAUUCCUGAACCCAUCUUUGUUACUGGAAUUGCAAGUGGCUGCAGCUUAUCCAUGCUGCCCAAUUAUAGUGCUUUGAUACCACUUUACCUGUCACAUCUCCAAUCUAGGGAAUCCUGGGAUUUUGUAGUAUCAGAGUAACUCAGAGCCAGGAGAUCUAAUAUUGCACUUUGAUGGAUAUAUGAGUUUCUCAACAGCUUCAUGAUUCCAUAAGGUGAACAGAGGUGGUUAAAGUGGUAUCUAAAGGCUAUAAUUGUGCAGUAGAGAUAGACUGCUGUUUUUGUGUAGCCCUCCAAAUAUUGUUGAACUACCGUGUCCAGGAGUCCUUAGCAGAAUAUCCAAGAAGGGAUGCUAGAAAAGUACACUUCAACAAGUUCCAGAGAACCGUGUGAUUUUUACUCUGGUCAGCCAACCACAGAGAGUUGAUGUGGUGUCUUGGUUUCUGUGUUGGAGUAAGACUCUGGGAAACUAGACUUUCAAUUCCCUAAAAGGAGGAAUUGUCCCAAAAAAAGUUGCUUUUCCAACUCUUGGGAAAAAGAUAAGCUUGCUUUAGUCUCAAACUCCAUACAGUCCUUGGCUCCAACUAUGGUACAUAAAACAAUUUUAUGAUCUCACACUAAGGCAGUGAUGGAUCAAGUAUAGCCCUGGGACCACAUGUAACCUUUCCCAUGCUGUCCUUGAUCCUUUCAAAGUCUGUGGAACAUUCUUUUUUUAAAAAAAAAAGUCUGAAAGUGCAUUUAUAUUGUAGAAUUAAUGCAGUAUGACAACACUUUAACUGCCCUAGUUAAAUGUUAUGGAAUUUCGUGAAGUUUGGUGAGACACCAGCACACUUUGGUAGACUAACCAAAUCUCCAAUUAACUCUGCAAAAGUUAAACCUGAAAAUGUGUAUAGCACGUUUUAACUGACAAGGCCAUCUCCCUGGGAAUUCUGAGGUUUUUAAUUCAGUAACAGGCACCAGAGGAGUUCUCUAGGUAAAAAUUGCACAUGCUCUUCCCUUGACUGCAAAUCUCAGCAUUCCGUAGAAUGUUGUGAGAGCAUUUAAAGUGAAGCCAUAGCACUACCAUUUGAAAAGGAGCCUAAGAGCGAGAGAUAGAGAAAGGCAGGUCAGCAUCGACUGGACUAGCCAAGAAACUUGAGAAUUUUUAUUGCAGUAUUAAUUUAUGUUGUUCAAAGAUGUGAAGAGAGUUGUGUUUACUGGGGCUUUGGCAGGCCCCUUCUGAAAUCAGCAGCAUGUACAGUUGUAUACUGUUUCAAUGUGAAAAGUGAUGCUUUUUCAAUAAGAACCUCAUUAGAUGGAGGUCCAGAAGCCAUGGGACAGUGAAGAAAACUGUGGGGUAGUGCCCAGCUUUAUCCUCUUACUGUUGUGGGUUUUGGGCUCCAUUCCACGAUGUUUUCUGCCUGUCCCUGGCUUCCUCCUGCGCUGUCCUCAGGUUCUUCAAUGUGGAUAUGGGUAGUCACCCAUAUCCUCUUUUCUUCCUUUUAGCAUGCUGCCAGGACGGAGCCCAAUGGAGCUCCCCUGGAAAUAGCCCUACAUCAUGUGAUGGGCUCUGGCGGACUCUGUCCUGGCUCCAUCCAAGCAGCAUGCUAAAACGAAGAACCCUGCCCCCCCCCUUUGAUGAGGUCCUAAAUGUGAGUUUAACUAUGUUUACAAGUCUGUGCAUUUGCCAAAUUAUGAAGUAGGCUAGUGGGUGGGACAAAGCACAACACUUUCAAAAUAUUCAGUCUGUCUCUUCAAGCCCCAGAUUGAAAGAUGUCUAUUAUUUCAAACUGAACACUAGAAAUAUUUAAGUACAAAGAACAAAUGUAAAGUAAAUAUAGAUUUUUUUAAUUUUCCAGGUCUGUACUGUCAUGACAAUGUGCAGUGAUUAGUCAUUAAAAACUCAUUGCCCCUAUUCUCUAGCACAAAACAUCAGACUUAUGCUCCUGAAAUGACUAUAUGAAUGGGUAAACAUAAGAGUCUUUUAAAAAAGAUUUCUAAUUCACAUAUAUUUUGAGUAUCCACUAUCCAGUGUUUUCUCAAAGAACAGAAAACAUAGAGAGAGGACAACAAAGUGCUUCCCUGUGAAUACCCUGAACAAACUAAUCAUCUCUUCUGGAAUAUGGCCAUACAGCCUAGAAAACAUACUUCUCUGUGCACAUCUGCACUGUAGUUUGGCACCACUUUUACUGCCAUGAUUAAAUGCUGUAGAAUCACGAGACUUGUAGCAUUACAAGGUCUUUAGCCUUUUCUGCUACAGAGGGCUGGUGUCUCACCAAAUAGAAAUCCCAGAAUUUUAUAGCAUUAAGCCGUGGCUGCUGAAGUGGGGUCAAACUGCAUUGAUGCUACAGUGUAGAUGUACCUUCUGUUUCCAAAUGAUUUGAUUGGUAACUUCCACAGUCCUUCACAAUAGGCCAUGCCGGGUGAGGUUGAUAAGAAUUAUAGGCAAAACCUAUGGAGAAAUAAAGGUUUCGCAUUCUUCCAAUAAGCAUGUCACUCUCUCAGGUGAAAAAAGAAGGUUGUAAAGGAGUAUUAGCUGCAUAAAAGACCUGCUUCUGACAAAGAUGGAAACAUGAUGUAGAUCAACACAGCUGGAUACCUUUUUGGCCUUUCGUGAGAAGGAAAGAGCAUAUGAAAACUCUACUUUGCUUUUAUAGAAUGCCAAAUUAGUAUAUUCUUAUACAUAUGCACAGUACUUCAAAGUGUUGAGAACUCCAGAGGUACAAGCAUUUCCAAGGAUUCUGGUUUCUUAGAAGUACAGCACUAGGGAUUUAUGGCAUUUUUACAAUAACAACCUUUAUUUGCACAUACAUAUAGAUUUAACAUGAAAUGGGGAUUCACAAAUGUGAACCUUCAAAGGAAUUGCUAUACAGGAAAUGGACAGGCAUCCAAUAGAUAUAUCCAGAGCUCCAAGCAAGCAUUUGGACUUCCAGGCAGAUUUUGUCUAAGUUUCUGGAAAUUUUCAAUCCAAAAAUAAAAAUAAGAAACAAACUUUUUGUAUUUUUGUUGACCCUUGGCAUAUUUUUAUGAGAGAAGAAAGAUACAAUUCAUCAGAUAUUUGCUGACCAUCAAGUGUAGGAUUGUUGCAUCAACUUGCAAGUCAGAUUUUAUAGUUUCAAGGUAUGCAACUCAAUAGCUGAUUGAACCACUAACUGCCACUAGUUUCAAGUUUACUUAAAAACAAAAACAAAGUAAAUAAGCUCGCCCUCCUGGAAACCAAGAUAUGGCGCAUGAUGAGCUAUCAUACUAUCUUGCCAAAUAAAGGUCUGCCUGUGAGGACGUUUCGCAGCAUCAAAAAGAUUUGAACUGCAGGGUAACCCACUCACAAUUUGGUGGAUCAUGUCCCAGCAGUUGAGAUCUGUUUUUACUGAGCUAUCAUGCAAACAGGAAGAAAUAACAUCUAGCCAGAGGAACAAAUACUGUAAUGGGGAAUCUUACUCUGAAAAGCACUUGUGUUAAUGCCAUAAUAAAAUGAUUGGUAUUUAAGAAUGUUUUGCCUGAAGAAAACCUGACAUUGAUUGGUUAUUGAAGUGGAUACAUCCUUGCGACUAAUCUUAGAUUUCUGAAAAGUGGUUUGAAAUAAUAAGAAAAUGAUAAAUGUUCUUUUCGAAGGAGUAGCUCUAUCUUUCCUAUUCUUGCAUCCAUUGUAUAGUGUUUGAACCAUUUGCUCAGAUAUAUGACUUACUAAAUUAAAGGAUCUUACAUUUAAGUAAAUGUGCACCAAAAAUCAUAGAAUCAUAGAGAUAUACCAAUAAGGCCAUCCAGUCCAACCCUCUUUGACCAUGCAGAAAUACACAAUCAAAGCAGAUGGCCAUCCAGCUUCUCCUUUAAAAACCUCAAGAAAGCAAGACUCCAUCAUACUCGUUGAAGGCAUAUUCCACUGCCAAACAGGUCUUACCAUCAGGAAGAUUUAUAUGUAUCUAUUAGGAAUCCAUCUCAUUCACUAUUGCAACAAAAUGCAUAGGGGAAUCUCUUAGACAAGGAGUAGGAAAGCAUGCAGUUUUCCAAAUGAUGUUGGACUGUAUUUCCCAUUGACCCUAGCCAGUUUAGCAAAUACCAAUGAACCAUGGGAGCUGAGUCUAACAGCAUCUAAAUGGCUGCCAGUUAUUCACCUUUAAGUGAGGCAAUGAUCCUCAUCUUUGUUUUCUUAGCACAAUUACUGGGGAAUAAAUAUAGUCAAUAUUGGGCCGACUGCUUACCAAAUGAGUUUGCUUAUCUGAGGUUUGCUAUCUCUCCCCACUCAGUUGGUGAAGACACUAAUCUCUUUAUCUCUCUGCUUUUCUCCAAGCUGAGAAGGAGGAUGUUGCCAAAUGCUCUCUGUGUGUAUGAGCAUGGUUAAUUAAAUCCAUCCCCUCUAAUCAAUUUACAGACAGAGGAAGCAAAGAAUUAACUGCCAUGGCAAAACCUAGCUCACAUUUCACAGAAAUCUCCUGCAUGCCAUGUUGUUGGAACACUGAGAUCUGAUCAUUUUCAAUAAAGCAUACGUCUGCAUUUGACCUUUAUAGAUUGGUACAGAUCUUCCUGAACUUGCAACCCUCCUACUGUAAUUUUAAUUUAUCCAGCCCUCUAUCUAAAGAUUUCAGGAAAACAUACAAUAAAAUCAACCUGAAUGGUUUCAAGUCAUAUAGACAAUAAAAUGAUUUUAGAAGGCUAAAUACAUAUUAAACAACCUUUUUUUUUAAAGACAGAUUAUAAACAAUCAAAACUCCUUAAAACAAUUCAAAAUCAUGCAAAUGUGUGGGUCUGUAUAGAGCUAGUUAGACUCGGGACCUUGUCACAUUAGGAAAUCCAUUUCUAUCAGUAUGGCAGCCCUGAGGAGGAGAAGCAGCAGCAAUCGGGUGAAUAAAUAAAUAAAUAAAUAAAUUUUCCCGCUAAACAGCGAGUCUGCGAUAAGCGAACCGCAAAGUAGCAGGGGAACACUGUACUUUUCCUUUUUUAGAAAAGAAAUCACAGGGAGGAAUGCAAAUCUAGUUGAUGAGCAAAUUUGACUUUCCCUUCCAAGUAUAAUAAAAAUCAACCCACAUUUUUUCUUCUUUCGGUCCACAGCUGAAAAAUACAGCAAUCGGGGGACUCAUGGGCUCCCCUUCCUGUGAUUUUUAGGGCUAUCAAGAUGAAAAUGACCACACUUGGAGGACACAUAUAACACUGUUAGCCCACCAAGUUUCAUAACGUUUGGAUCAUCCCCUGAUUUUUAGUAAUUUCUUUUAUUUUUAGAAAUAAAAUCUCCUUUAAAAAAUUCUCCAAAAGUUACCCUCCACUGGCCCUGCCCUGUGCCUUCUCCAGAAGCAGCAGCAGGACACCAUUCCUUCCUGCUAAAUGUGAGAUGCACUUCUACAUCACACAGACCAGUGCCCCUCCACUAUUACACUUUCUUCUUUACUAAUAAAAAACAACUUCUUACAAAGCUUUUGCAUUUCUUGUUCUCACAAAACACACUAGAAGAAGCCAGCAGCAGCAGUUAUUAGAAAAACAGUCCUAUAUGAUCCACUGGGGGAAAAAAAUUCAAAAUAUAUUGUGGGAAAUCUAGUCAUAUUUGGGGGGAAACACGUUUUUGGAACAUAUUAUUUUGAGUCUUAAUGGUUCAGAGCAGGUCAGGGGCAGAGUUGUUGGCUGGCCACCCUGCCUUUUACAAAGGAAUGAAAUUAUAUGUAGGUAGGUAACUAGGUAGUAGUUUUCUGAGAAUUAGGCUUAUUUUUUGUUUGCUGGGAUUAUUAUUAUUAUUAUUAUUAUUAUUAUUAUUAUUAUUAUCAUUAUUAUUAUUUUAUUGUAUGACACAGCAAACAAGAUAGAUAUGCUGGAUUUCGUUUCACAAAAUCACAAGUUGAACACUUCCCAAGUGUCUAGGACUGUGUGAUGUAUUUUCAGAUGAUGCGUGCAGAUCCCAGUAGGGUGGCCUUUUGCAGUUGACAGAUCGUAAUUUUGUCAAUGUCUAUUGUUUCCAAUUAUCAUCAUCAUCAUCAUCAUCAUCAUCAGCAGCAGCAGCAGCAGCAGCAGCAUUUAAAAGUAUUUUCUUAAGGAGGGGAAGGGAAAUGAUGGGUUCUGGCAAAGUUUCCCCACAGAUUGAUACCCAAAAUUAAGUUUUGCCGUUGUUCUUAGUAAUACUACUGGCAAACAGCAGCCAAUACUUAUUUUUAGUAUUACGGUAGUCUCUCGCUUAUCCAACAUAAAUGGGCCGGCAGAACGCUGGAUAAGUGAAAAUGUUGGAUAAUAGCAAGGGAUUAAGGAAAAGCUUAUUAAAGUCAAAUUACGUUAUGAUUUUACAAAUUAAGCAGCAAAACAUCAUGUUUUACAACAAAUAGACAGAAAAAGCAGUUCAGUACAUGGUAACGUUAUGUAGUAAUGACUGUAUUUAUGAAUUUAGCAGCAAAAUAUUGCAAUAUAUUGAAAACAUUGACUACAAAAACAUUGACUACUAAAAGGCAGACUGCAUUGGAUAAUACAGAAUGUUGGAUAAGCGAAGGUUGGAUAAGCAAGACUCUACUGUAUUAUUAUUUGAAAUUCAGAAGGCAGAGCACACAGAGAUAUAUAAGCAGAGAUAAGUUGUUUUCAAAGGAAUGAAAUUAUAUGUAGGAAGGUAACUGUGAGCCCCUGGUGGCACAGUGUGUUAAACCUCUGAGCUGAAGAACUUGCUGACCAAAAGGUUGGCAGUUCGAAUCCAGGGAGCGGGGUGAGCUCCCACUAUUAGCCCCAACUUCUGCCAACUUAGCAGUUCGAAAACAUGCAAAUGUGAGUAGAUCAAUAGGUACAGCUCUGGUAGAAAAGUAACAGCGCUCCAUGCAGCCACAUGAACUUGGAGGUGUCUACUGAUAAUGCCGGCUCUUCGGCUUAGAAAUGGAAAUGAGCACCAACCCCCAGAGUCAGACACGACUAGACUUAAUGUCAGGGGAACACCCUUACCUUUAUCUAGGUAACUGAUCAUACUUUUCUGAGAAUAAGGCUUUUGUUUGUUUGCUAUUAUUAUUAUUAUUAUUAUUAUUAUUAUUAUCAUCAUCAUCAUCAUCUUUUAAAAGUAUUUUCUGAAGGAGAGGAGGGGAGGAGAAAAAGAAGCUAAAGUGUGACUCAAGGCUCUCAGAGCCACCCAAAUAUUUUCAAAGAAAAGCACACAAAGAGCAAAGAGAUGCUCUUUCUUUCUCCCAAGUCCCCAAAUGCACACGUGCACUCCACCCACUUGUCCUGCACUUGCCCAACUCCCAAUCCCACUAAAUAAAAAGAAUCAAGAAAAUAAAGGAAAAUCAAAAAAGAUUCAGUGCUAGAAGCCAAGCAAAAAGCUAAAGCAGAGCUGCGAGUGAGCAGCAAGGCAAGGCAUUAGGUAAGGCAAUCACCCCAUUAAAUAGACACAGUUUGUGUAAGACACAUCAUGACGUUCUUCUAUUCGGUUUGGCCCAAUGGGCAGGGCUCACAGGGAAACCCUGUGCGGCAGUCUUUUUGCACGCUGCAUGGUGCUAAAUAGGAGAGAAGGAGCUGAGACCGGCUGCCAUGUGGUCCAUCCCAGACAGAAAAAAUGUGGCAGCUGAGCCUUUGCUGUUACCGACAACCAAGAUGGUUAAGACGAAUUAGCCAAAGAGAAUCGACCAAAAUGAAUCCGUGUACAAGCUUAAUAAGAGACAUGAGCCCUACCAUGUUUCUUCUCAAUUUAUUGCAUGUACAAUGCUUGCAUUUGGCUAGGUAUUAUGUGUGCUGGAUGAUGUGUGUUAUUAUCUUUUAUCAUGCUAUCAUACUGGUAUAUUGAGGCUGCUGGAGAAUGCCAUUUUCUCCCAUUAGCUUGGAGCUGUUUAUUUUCACCUCUUAUAUUUAUGGACGUUUACAACUGCCAAUAGCUACAAGGUUGUUCUCAGAUGAAUGGAAGAAAGAGGAGUAUUUGAGAUGUUUGAAUUAAUGAACCAAUGAGGGGAAAACUCACACAAGAGGAACCAGUAUUGCUUAUUGACAAAUGGGAUAAAAGCCAGUGGAAAAAUAUAAAUACAUGAUGCAGUUAGUCCCUCUUCAGAUCUAACAACAUUAGUUGUGGUGUGAAUAAAUCUAUUUUCUUAAAUAGAGCUCCUGGACUUUGAAAAACACUCUCAAGCUGCACACAUAGUCUUCUAAAGACAGUAUAAUGCCAAGCAGCAUUGGGAGAAAAUGACACCUUUUGGCAUGUCACAUAACAUCUGCUUUUUGAGGAUUAGCUGUCAUCGAGCACCAUCAACAUAUGUAACCUACUCAAGAAAUAGAUUGAAACUACUGAAACACGGUGCGUCUAAUUCCCAAAUCCCACAAGCUUUUCAGGAGGAACCCAUGGUUGAUAGUUCUAAAUGCCACUGAGAGGUGCAAAAGUACCAAGAGUACUCCCCCUGUCAAUGCUGAGACAAAGAAUCCACUAAGACAAUCAUAGCAGUCCCAACUUCAUAUAUUUCUCUGACGCUGCUUUGAAAUGGAGUAGGAAACCUGAAUCAUCUUCCAAACUGCCUGAAGUUGGAAGGAACUGCAGCUACAUCCUGGACAACCAGCCAUGAACAGAAAUUAAAGGGUCAGGUUAUCCUCCACAUUCAUCCUAGCAGUUAGUUCAUAUCUUUGAUUCUCACCAACUGAAACUCCUACUCACAGAGGUGCUGGACACCUCAUUGUCACUUCUUUUAUAAUGAUGGCAUCUCACUUGGCUCAUAUCGAAUAGUUUUUAUCUUGUUAAAAGCACCACAGUGAAUGACAGAAUAUUCUAGAACUUGAUUUGGCAGGGAGGAGGCUGAAUUAGACUGUCACCACCCUGAAUAGUUCAGCAGGAUGUGAAUUUACAGAUACAGUAUGCUUAUAGAAUAAGGCUUUCUUCACUGCAUAUGUUGUCACCUAAGAGGAACAGAGAUGUUUUCUAUAUUGUGUCUAGGAAUGUCUUCAUGUAGCCCUUUCAGACUGUGCCACUGUGCCGGCAAUCACUGGUGAAAGGGAAGAUGCAUGGGGCAGCUCGUGGCGCCCCAUGUGACCUCUUUCCUUCCUUUUGGCCCCCCUUCCCUUCCCCAUCAGAUGGCAGAAAAGGCGACAACAUGCAGCAACACAUGUUGCCCCGCUGCCCUUUCUGCCAUCACACGGCAAAAAGGAGAGGAAGGUAUGGGCACUCCUCUGACGGGCCUUCCCACCAGCCUUUUUGUGGCCACCAGUGUCUCUCCCUCCUCUCUCCCCAGCUGGGAUCUCCCUUGCCCUUACAGUGCAGUCAGGUUCAGGUACAUGAUUCUAACUUGCCAUUAAAUCUAAUGCACACCUCAAUUUUAGUAGUAUUAUUUAGCCAAAAAGGUGAACAGAUUCAAGAACCAGCAACCACUGUAACUGUGAUGUUAAUUACUCCACCCACAGACCCAUAUGUUUAGAAAUGAGACCACUAUUAAAGUUAUGUCCUGCUUAGUGUGUGGGCUCUGAGAUCAAGUAGAAUGGGCCCAUGUUUGUCAUGAACUACUUAGCCAACCUUGACAGACUGGCCUUAAAAAGAAUGUUAAGGUCACUCAAGACCAGGAGUCUGGAUGACUGAAUACAGCAUGAAGUCUGAAACCAGUUCAGUGAGUUUGGGCAGAAAAAUCUGAUAUAAGCAGUGGGAUGGCUCAUACUUUAACAGAAUCUCCAGUCUAUCCCUGGUCUUCAGAUUCAAUGUGAUUUGGUUCCCAAAUACGUAGUCUGGUAAUGUCAAAUGAUAUUUAUAAACCAUAGCUAUUUCACCACCACUCCCACUCACUUUCCCUCAUCUCCUUACUAGCACAGUUACCUGGUGGGAGACAUUGAGCCCAUAUUGGGCCACUAUUAUCUCCCAGCCAAGUUUCUGUGAAGCAUACCAUGCCAGCUUCUUCCUAUACCAAGCAUUAUCAUAUUUCCCAAUGAAGUGUGGGAAAGACAGUGUACCAGCAGAAUUUCCAGUCUAUUUCAAUAGCCUGAAGUAAUAUAUCAUCAUUACAAAUAAGUACUCACUUGGACCAGAGAUCAAAAAGGGAAAAUGUAACUCAUACAAGUGGCAACGUUCUCCUCUCUUCAAUGUUAACAUGGUGCAAAAUGCCCAAAAGGGGGACAGGUAUGAGAAACUAGCUCCUCCCAAAUCUUCCACUCAGGUCUCAGCAAUGCAAACCUGCCAUGGUCAGAAGAGGCAUGAUCAUUGUACAGAGCUGAUCUCUUCUUCCUGGGUCUGGGAAUGAUAACAAUGUGGGUAGGUCAUGCUAAGCAACAUCAACAGUGGGUUUAGAUGUUCAGGAUUAUUCAGGAUUCUUUCUUUGUUUUGUUUAUUGGUAGUGGAAAAUGUGGAUAUAUGAUAACAUAUCUAUUACCGAUAAUAUGAGGUUAAGGAUCCCAAAUGGUUUGUAAUCUGAGCUUUGCAGUUAAUGAUGGUAAUUGGGCAUAAGCAUGUGGUUUUUGUGUGGAAACCUAACAUUUGGCAGCAUUGUGACUUUUUAUGUGUAAUAAGUACCAUAUAUCAUUUGCUUCUUCCUAUUAUUAUUUUUUGGCCUAACAGGUCUUUGGGGACAUUUUAGAAAUAUAACUUGAAUGUAUAUUUUAAAAGCUUUCAAAGUGAAUGCUGUUUUCUUACCUUACAAGAUUAUUUUUAUAAGGAGCCAAUAUUAAAUGCAAAAUUACAAGUAGACCACAUUUUUUUUAAAAAAAAAUCAAAUUAUAUUUCUAAUUGUCUGGCAUGCUAAUGAUAGGUGUAUACGGAUAAUAUCAAGCACUUUAAAAUAUCUUACAUUAAUUGAGAUAAAGAAUGUUUUUAGCUCUGUCUCAUCAAUCAUUGAAAAACGCUUACGCUUGGGUAUAUCACAUUUACUACAAGGCAAUUAGGAAUAUUAGGUAUUAUAUAGCAUCAUAUUUUACAUCAAUCCAAGAUUUCCUGCACAAAGAAGCAAACACAUAAUUUAGAGGUUUUGCUUAUUAGCACUUAAUUUGUGUUUCUACUUUAUCAGGCCAGAAAAAGUAGUUGAUUUUCUUUCACAAAUUAACAGAAUUCAUCGAGAAAAUUUAUUUCUAAUUCCAUUAAGGUUUAUGGUAUGAUCAGUGAAUAAAAUUUGGUUGGUGCAAUAUUAUCCAUUUUCCCAUAAAGUAAUUCACAACUGGCGGAAUCAUUGAGUUGGGCAUGUUGAUUGAGCAUAACUCUAGUUUAUAUAAACAAAUUAGCUUGUAGAUGGUGCUAUUUUUCAUUCUUAGUUUAGCAGGGCAAAUUUAUAUAUGAUGUGUGGCUCCAACAUACAAAAAUACAGAUAUUUCAUGAACCAAAGAGCUUCUUUAUGUAGUAUGAACAGCAUGCUGUCAGUGUAACUCAGACUGAAUUUCUGUAAGAGGACUGCUGUUCUCUUACGUGCUGAACUAUUGACCUAGCAUGAAAAGUUAAAUGUGUAAAAUUUCUGUAUUGCUAAGCCUGAAUAAAAAUCUAACCAUGCCUA